AUGACGAACGUCACGCAGUCGUCGUACAAGUUGCCGCUGGCGGUGGUUCCCCUGCUGCUACUGCCGGUGGUUCCUCCUGCUACUGCUGCUGCUGCUGCUGUUGCCGGUGGUUCCUCUGCUGUUGCUGCUGCUGCUGCUGCUUCCGGUGGUUCCUCUGCUGUUGCUGCUGCCGGAUCUCCCUCUACUGCUGCUGCUGACGAUGGUUCCCCCACUGCUGAUGUGGCUCCCGACGCUGUUGUCCCCCCUGGGACAGUUGCCCCUGAGAGAGGAAAUGUCAGCCGCAGCCCGAUGGAGCUGCUUAUGACCCGGGCGACAGGGUGUGUGUAUGCGAUUGAUGUCGCUCGUUUUGACGAGGAAGUGCGCGCCGAACCAGGCGUGAAUGAGGAGCUUCGAACUAAGGCGGAAACUCAGAAGGCCAUCGCCAGUCCUCGCAAGUGGACUUGUCGGCACUCAACUGGAAGAAGUACAUCUAGGACUCUUGUGACGAUUCCACGGGAGCCGUGCAUCUUCAUGCGAGAGAAGCGCACCCUGAAGGGCGAGCUUACAUUCGCCGAGCUGGACGGUUUCGCAAAGUUGUGCAUGGACUACUUGAAGAACAACUCGUCCCGUCCGCUUCAAGAUUCGGUAUCCACAUGCCAAGGCAUAGUUCAAGCGAUCCGGGGACCCGGCAGCUUUUUCCACGCAGGCACGGGUGGUGCAGCGUUGGAUCAAUGA